UUUUCUGUCCUCUGCUCGCUCAGGCGCGUGCCGUCUGAAGCCAACCAAUCCCCAGGCCCGCUGGCGCGCGCUGGCGUACCAAACCAAUCGCGAGAGGGGUUCGCGCGCGCGCCGGAGGGCUGACCAACUGCGAGAGGGGAUCGCGCGCGCGCCGGCCGCACCCCCUCCUUCCUCCCCCUCCCAUUGGUUCAGCCGCGUUGCCCCUCAGGGCCGGACCUCGACUAGGCCUCGCUGGCAGCCUCGGCCUCGCGUAGUGCCUGGAGCCGGGGGAUGAAGCUGCUGAGCCGGGGUCCUCGUCGCUAGGCGGAGCGCACCUGGGGCGGAAGACGAGGAGGCAGCCGCCGCCACCACCGCCCGCAGCCAUGCCAGCCAAGAGGAAGCUGGUGCCGCCGGCCCUCAACAUCACCCCCACCAUCGUCGAGGGACCAAGCCCCACCGGGGGAGAGGGAGACGGCACCGAAGCACAUCUUGUCGACCUCCAGAAGAAACUGGAAGAACUGGAGCUGGAUGAACAGCAGAAGAAGCGGUUGGAGGCUUUUCUUACUCAGAAGGCCAAAGUUGGAGAGCUGAAAGAUGACGAUUUUGAAAGGAUUUCGGAGCUUGGAGCCGGCAAUGGCGGGGUGGUCACCAAAGUACAACACAAACCCUCAGGGCUUAUCAUGGCAAGGAAGCUGAUCCACUUGGAAAUCAAACCUGCCAUCCGAAAUCAGAUCAUUCGUGAGCUCCAGGUGCUUCAUGAGUGCAACUCUCCAUACAUUGUGGGUUUUUAUGGCGCCUUCUACAGUGAUGGGGAGAUCAGCAUCUGCAUGGAGCACAUGGAUGGAGGCUCCCUAGAUCAGGUUUUGAAAGAAGCCAAGAGAAUUCCAGAAGAAAUCUUGGGAGAAGUCAGCAUAGCGGUUCUGCGUGGAUUGGCUUAUUUACGAGAGAAGCACCAGAUCAUGCACAGAGAUGUGAAACCUUCUAACAUCCUAGUGAAUUCCCGGGGAGAGAUUAAACUCUGCGAUUUUGGGGUCAGCGGUCAGCUCAUCGAUUCAAUGGCAAAUUCCUUUGUGGGCACUCGAUCCUAUAUGUCUCCUGAGCGUUUACAAGGCACCCACUAUUCGGUUCAGUCUGACAUCUGGAGCAUGGGCCUCUCCCUGGUGGAGUUGUCAAUUGGAAGGUAUCCCAUUCCCCCACCAGAUGCCAAGGAACUGGAAGCAAUAUUUGGCCGCCCCCUGGUUGAUGCGGCAGAAGGGGAACCCCACAGUAUCUCGCCACGCCCUAGGCCUCCUGGACGCCCUAUUAGUGGCCACGGGAUGGACAGCCGGCCGGCAAUGGCCAUCUUUGAAUUGCUGGACUACAUUGUCAAUGAGCCGCCGCCUAAGCUGCCGAACGGGGUCUUCACUCAAGACUUCCAGGAGUUUGUAAAUAAAUGCUUAAUUAAGAACCCUGCUGAACGGGCAGACCUGAAGAUGCUGAUGAAUCACGCCUUUAUCAAACGUUCUGAGGUGGAAGAGGUGGAUUUUGCUGGCUGGCUAUGUAAGACGCUGCGGUUGAACCAGCCCAGCACUCCCACCCGCACUGCCAUGUGACCGCCAAGCAAACUGCCUUCUUCUUCUUUUUUUUUCUUUUGUGCACCUGCUUGUCUGCUGUCGUUCGCUGCCCUUCAGCAGAAGAAAGAACUGCCCUUCUUGGCCUGCCCUCCUCCCCCUCUCUCUGCUCCGGAACGGCAAAGCACCAGCGUUUGGAAACCGCCCAAUCAUCCGACAGCAAGAGCAGAAAUCGGCUUGCUUCAUUAAGUUCUUGUUUUGUUGUUGGGUUUCAUUUCUCUGCCCGUAGCCAAGUGUGGCUUGCACUCUGGAGCUUUCUGACUUUAGGGGCAGGGGGAGAAGAAGCCUAUGAUAGUGCUGCUGCUUUUUGUCAGAUUGUGGUGUGGGGUUUGUGGUGGGAGGGGAGAAAAAUGCUGCCAGGGGGCUUUUUGUGUGCUUGCUUCUUGGGUGGGCCUGAGAUGGCUUGCAAAGGGUGCUGCAGGUAGCAAAGGCCUCCCCACAUCGAGGGACAACGGUGGGCAGAUCACCAAGUGAAUGGCAUUUGCAUUGUCAGAGAAAUGGAAGAAGUGGGCCUGGUUACUUCCUUGAAGCCUGCCUGGAGGAGAUAGCAGGAGUGCUGCAAGAUUAAGGAAGUUUGUGUUCAGUGGGCGAAAAGCCAGCAGUAAAUUCCUUCCCAUCCUCCCGCCCUCUCUCUCCCUCUUCCCCUGCCCUGGUUUUUGCAUUUGGUUUCUUACAAGGAAGUUAGAGUGAGAGUGUGUGUGUGUGUAUGCGGGUGUGUGUUGGGGAGGGUGCUUGAGGGUGAAAGUGCCACUCUUUUUGUUUUCUUUUUUAAUUUCCCUGCACCAUGGAAACUGCAUGGUUAUUAGCCCAGCAUCUGUGGGGGCAGGGAGAGGCACAUGUGCUGCUGCUUCUUCUUCAAAGGUGUGAGGUCUUAAAGCCCAUCUCCUUCUAGCUUAGCAAUCAGUCUUGGAAUACUAAAUUUCUGAAAUCCGAUGGCGUACUAAUUUAUUAAAAGGAGGAAGGGGUGGUCUGCAGCCCUUGAGGGGUGGGUAUUGCUUGAGAUGGAAACCAGUAGUAGCAAGCUUUGGGGUCCUGUGACAGUGUGGGGUGUUGUCUGUGCUACCAGCAACAAUAGCCACAGUCUCCCUAUCUCUCCAGUGCAAAGGUCUGGCCAGUUCUGCCUUGAGCCAACAUCUCGUCCGCCUAAUAGAUCUUUGUUCCUGCCUUUUUGCGUUGACAGUGCUGUCUCUGGAUCCCCAGAGUGUGUGAUGCAAUGGCGACACGCACACGCUGCACCUGAUGCUCCUCUGUGUCCUGCUCUAGCUACGGUCUCCACCGCUCAGAGAAGGCUUAAUCUCCGCAGAGGCUGAAGCAGGUGAAAAGUCUUCAGGCUGUUCUGUCUGCUUUAAUCUUCAGUGGGCUCACCAUGUAUGUUCUUGCCUGGCAUUGGUUUGCUGAGCUCUAGAGCAGUUUGUAAGGGACUAAAGUCCCCAGUCCAUUUACAAUAAAAUUUAAAAAACCACCGCAGAAAGAGCAGCAAAAAGGCAGUUGGGUUAUGUUGCUGUUCUUAUUGUUCUUUUGUGCUGCUUUGGAUAUGGGUCCCUCUGCCAUUCAGACAGUGGAGAAGGGAUGGCCGGGCCAUAACGCGUAAUCAGUCGCCGUAACUCCAGGCGGUCAGGAAGCCCCAACUUGGAGGCUGAACCAGAUGGAGUCACUGGGGCUGAAGCAUGGCUUGCUGACCGUGUUGAUCCACUAGCCAUCUCCUUUGGGAGGUUUACACCUCUGAAGCAGGUUGCUUCUUGAAGUGAACUGCACAAAUACGCCUUAUCUCAGUUACAAGUGGAUUGACCAGCGGUUGCCCAACCUUGUGAAAGGCUACCUUGAGUAGCAGCAGCAGCGACUACUAAUGGGUAGCUGCCCUCUGUUCUGUCCAUUUCUCAUCUGGCUAGGAACCUUGCCCCGGGAAUGUCCAGGAGAAGCUCUUUUGAGGGAUGUGGCUGCCUUGAGCUCCCUUUAUCUAGGAAGUAGCAGAGCCUGCCUGUAUCUCUACAGCUGUAAGUGGCAUGGCUGGCUGGCACAGGUGCCAAGUACCGAGAGGAGAGGCCAGCUGAGUGACAGAGCAAGCUUGGCUGCCUCCAGGGACUGGCCAGCUUCUGCUUCCUGAUGGUCCUGGGUGUGAUUUUCCACGAUGACCCUCAGAACUCACUUCUCCACCAAUUCACCCCUUCAGAAUACUCCUGGAGUGUGUUUCUGUAGCAAGAUGGAAAGUGCUGCUUAUCACGGUGGCUUAAUCCUUGGAGCACCAUCUGCAGGGAUGUAGCCCUAGAACAGCCUUGAUCUCUAGGCCUGAGGCCACGUUGCACAGGCUGCGAGAGACACUGCCAAGUCGGCUGGGGAAGUCCUUGUGGCGGUUCUGCGUGUUAAAUCCUACUCGUAGAUACCCCAAAUGAGGAAGAGUGAUUGGUUCUUGUUACCACUGAGGCCUCUCCUGUACAUGUGGCGUCUCUUCUCUGGAAGGAAUCUGUGCGUCAGAACUUCCUAGUCAUUUCACCCCUGGUUGCAGAGCAAGCGGUAAGCCAGCUCCAGCUGUUAAAUUUGGAGCAACAGCAAUGGCGGUGCUCCUUAUUUUCUUUAGUGGCCUGUGAUUGAGUAGGUACAAAGCCUCUCAGUUUCUUCCUAGAGCAACCCAUAAGUUCCUGUUACCCCCUAACUGCUUGUUGCUUCAUUCAGCCUGAAGUAUAGAGGGGGCAAUAAGCAGAACUUUUUGUCUAUACAGUGUGGAUGUUUAGACAAGAGUGCAGUUGUGGGCAGUUCUUUCAAGAGAGAAUGUGAGGGAAAUAAUAUUUAGGGUUGGGGGCGGAUUUGGUUUCCUCCUCCCCCUUUGGUCCAUUUUAUGCUGCUGUUUGUGGUUCAGACAUACUGGAUGUUGGAUGAAAAUUAAAAUAUAAUGGAUUGUGCUCCCCCCCACCCUCUUAUACAUAUUACAAGUGGCUUAACCAUAGAUUUUUUUUUUUUUUAAAUUGAAGGUCUUUAUUUUGAAUCUGUGUUACUUGACUUGAUGUGGUUUCUAAGGCACUCCAACCAGGAGACGGUUGGGAAAAGCUUUAAUGGGUGUGUUUCUCCUCUCUCUCUACACACACUCCCUCACACUCACACUCUUUCUCUCUCACUCACAUUCCCUCAAGCAGGUGGGGAAAGUUGAGGGUUUUUGUUUUUUUUAGCAGAGUCUUUUGGUGGAUUAAAGAAAAUGGGAAGAGGUUCCCUUAGCAAAUCUAUAGGCAGUGUUCAUUUGGGCAGGGAGAGAGGGGACGGUGGCCCUUAGGGACUAAACAGCAUUAGCAUCCUUAUCUCAGAUUAGCAUUUGAGAUGCAUUCUUGCAGCUGGAUCUGUUGCGCAUGGCACUGUCUGGUUUUCCAACAGCUAACCCCCCACCCCCAACCCGACCUUAGGUGCAACUGUUGUUCAUCCAAUGGGGUAACUCUUGAGGAUUUGAAUGUAUAAUAUUCAGUGUUUGAGUUAAAAAGUUGUCAAUGAACCAGUGGGAUCAUGUGAUCAAAUUACUGUAUCUUUUUUCUUUCUUUCUUUCUUUCGACACAAUGCAUAUAUGAGCAGUGAGGCUCUUGCUGGGGGUGUGUGUGCGUGCAGGGGGGAGUGUAUUUUAUGUUUCUCUGCCUCUAUUUAAAUUUUUGAAAAGAAAAUAUUUAGUAAGAUGUUAUACAGUGCAAAGGUUUUUGGAUAUGUUCCUUGCUUCCCCCCCCCCCUUUUUUUUUGGCGCUUUGGGUUUUGGUGGGAGGGAGAAUUUAAGGAGAAUGUGUUGAACAUUUUGAUGGUGCAAUUUUUUUUUAAAGAAAGAAAACUCAAUAUUUUCAUCAUGGGGAGAUAAAAUAAAUGGCACUUUACAUUAA